CGCCGGCACGCCAUGGCGCCGACACCCCUGCUGCUGCCGCUGCUGCUGCUGCUGCUGCUGGCGCGCGCCGCCCACCCGCACGAGCGGCUGGAGGGCGUGCUGUACUACGCGCGGCCACCGGCCUCGCCCCGCGCUGUCGCCACGCGGUCGCUGUUCGACUACGACAGGAAGCUGGUGGCGUACCGCGAUGUUCCGGCGGGCCGCUGCUACCUACACCGCCUGGGAGGCCGGCACCCCGUCGCACCCACAGAUCCGGCGGACCGGUUUUUCUUCGUACCCCACUGGCAACUCAGCAAGAUGCAGGCGCUGUCGUUCGCCGGGCCGCGGCUAUACGACUUCUGCGCGGGGCUGCGCGUGUUCGUAGUGCGCGCGGCCCGGCGCGGCAACUCGCUGCCGCCGGCGGCCGGCAAGCAGUCCCUGGACGCCGCGCUGGCGCUGGACCUGCGGCCCCCACACGGCCGCGCCAGGAGGCAGGCGCCGCAGCAGCCGCCGCGCCGCCACCGCGGCCAGACCCAGUCGCAGUACCUGCACACCAACGGCGGGCAGGGCGACGGCCGCGCCGAGGCCGAGUCCAAGCCCGACCUGUCCAGGGCCUUCGUCGGUGGAAGCAGCGGCAUGGGUCAGGCCCAGAGCCAGUCUGGCACCGGCGAUUGUGCAGACUGCUUCCCUCUCGGUGGCGGCUAUCCAGGGCUCUUCCCUCCACAGCCACAAAUACUGCGCCCAGGAGAACCCAUACCAGGUGAACCAGGAGUACCAGGAUACCCACCAGGCGUCAGACCAGGUGAAGGUGUACCUGGAUACCCACCAGGAGUUCGACCAGGAGAAGUCGUACCAGGUGUACCUGGAUAUCCUCCAGGAGUACGACCAGGAGUUCAGCCAGGAGCACCAGGAUACCCACCAGGGAUUCGUCCAGGAGAAGGUGUACCUGGAUAUCCACCAGGAGUCCGACCAGGAGAAGCUGUACCAGGAUACCCACCAGGAGUUCGCCCAGGGGAAGCAGUACCAGGAGUACCUGGAUACCCACCAGGAAUUCGACCAGCAGAAGCUGUGCCAGGCCUUCGACCUGGAGAAGGCGUACCUGGGUACCCACCGGGAGUCCGACCAGGUGAAGCAGUACCAGGUGUACCAGGAUACCGACCAGGUGUUCGACCAGGGGCAGCUGUACCUAGUGUGCCUGGGUACCCACCAGGAGUUCGACCAGGGGAAGUAGUGCCAGGAAGGCCAGGAUACCCACCAGGUGCCAGACCAGGAGAAUAUGUUCCAGGUAUACCUGGAUACCCACCAGGAGUACGACCAGAAGAAAUGGUGCCAGGUAGACCAGGAUACCCACCAGGGGCUCGGCCAGGAGAAAAAGUACCUGGAUACCCACCAGGCGUCCGACCGGGAGAAGCAGUACCAGGUGUACCUGGAUAUCCACCAGGACUUCGACCAGGAGAAACUGUGCCAGGUGCCGUGCCUGGGUACCCACCGGGACUCCGACCAGGAGAAGCUGUGCCAGGUGUGCCCGGAUACCCACCAGGCGUUCGACCGGGAGAAACUGUGCCAGGUGCCGUGCCAGGGUACCCACCGGGACUCCGACCAGGAGAAGCUGUGCCAGGUGUGCCCGGAUACCCACCAGGAGUUCGACCGGGAGAAACUGUGCCAGGUGCCGUGCCCGGGUACCCACCCGGACUCCGACCAGGAGAAGCUGUGCCAGGUGCACCUGGAUACCCACCAGGAGUCCGACCGGGAGAAGCUGUACCUGGAGUACCUGGCUACAUACCAGGAGCUCGACCAGGAGAAGCUGUACCAGGUGUGCCCGGUUAUCCACCAGGAAUCCGUCCAGGAGAGGCUGUUCCAGGUGUACCCGGGUAUCCUCCAGGAGUUCGACCAGGAGAAGGUGUACCUGGGUAUCCUCCAGGAGUUCGACCAGGAGAAGGUGUACCUGGGUAUCCUCCAGGAGUUCGACCAGGAGAAGGUGUUCCCGGAUAUCCACCAGGUGUCCGACCAGGAGAAGCUGUGCCAGGUGUACCAGGAGUGCCAGGAUAUAUCCCCGGAAUUCCAGGAGUGCCAGGAUAUCCGACUGGUCCCCCCAGACAGCCACCUUACCCACCAGGCGACAUAAUGCGGCCACCGGCAGUACCGGGCUAUCCUCCAGGAUAUCCAGGCACUGUUCCCGGAGAGAGGAUUCCGGGUGUUCCGGGAUUGAGGCCGGGAGCAGUUCCGUCACCACCAGGGGUACCCGAAGGCCGCCCAGGGAUGUAUCCGGGAGAAAUUGUGCCAGGGGUUCCGGGUGUAGCACCCGGAGUACCACCAGGCGUCUAUCCGGGAGUGCCCGGAAUCCCAGGUCAGCUACCGGGCUACCGUCCGGGAGAACCCAUUCCCGUCGGACCGGGAGAUUUCGGUUACCCUCCCGGAAUUCGACCUGGAAUUCCCGGCAUUCCCGGAAGAGUACCCGGUGUCCCUCCGGGAUACCCACCCGGUAUCCGGCCACCUCCCGCCGAGCGACCCGGCGUCCCACCUUAUCCUCCCGGUGAAGUACCGGGAGUACCCGGUUACCCGCCGGGUGUCCGACCGGGCGUCCCGGGAUACCCCGCUGCUCCGCGACCCGGAGAAGUACCGACCGGACCCGGCGUGCCGGGGUACCCACCCGGCGUCGCACCGGGACUCGUACCCGGCGUACCGGGUGUCCCCGGUUACCCUCCCGGAGUACCCGGUAUCCCUUCUUACGUUCCCGGCGUUCCAGGCGUUCCCGGAUACCCGCCCGGAGUACCGGGUGUCCCCGGAUACCCCCCCGGAGUGCCUCCGGGGGCGCCCGGCUACCCACCUGGAGUGUCUCCGGGCGCACCUGGUUACCCGCCCGGAGUGUACCCGGGUAUUCCCGCCGUUCCGGGCUAUCCCCCCGGCGUCGCCGUACCCGGUUACCCUCCGGGAGCGUACCCUCCGGGAGUGAGGCCGGGUGAAGUUCCGGGUGUCCCCGGCGCGCCCGGGUAUCCCCCGGGAGUCGUACCGGGAGAGCUGGCGCGCGUCCCCGGCUACCCGGGAGAGGCGGGAGGCGACGCUCAGGCCCAGACGACGGUGGACCGCAAGGAGAACGAGACGCGCGCGGCAGCGUCAGCACAGGGGGCGCUGGCGGGCGGCGCGGCGCAGGCGCAGGCGCAGGUGAGCGGCGCGGCCCGCGCCGGGGGCAGCUUCCAGGCGCAGGCGCAGACGGGAGACCGCGGCCGCGGCACCGGCGCCCAGGGGCAGGUGGAGGCGGCCGGCCAGGGCGCGCGCUCCACGGCGCAGGGCCGCGCGGGCCGCGGGCAGGCGCAGGCGCAGGUGCAGGUGGGGUCGUCGUCGGGCGCGACGGCGGCGCAGGCGCAGAGCGGCGGCUGGGGCCACGGCACGUCGUCGCAGGUGCAGGCGGGGCAGGCGGGCGGGCUGGCCGACGCGCAGGCGCGCGGCGCCGGCUCCACCAGCUCGCAGGCGCAGGUCGGCUUCUCGCCGCGCGGCGCCCAGGCCGGCGGCGGCAACGGCGGCGGACAGCGCUCGCCCUUCCUGGGCGGCGGCAGCGCCUCCGCGCAGACCGGCGCGCUCUCCGGCCAGAGCCAGACGCAGGUGCAGGGCUCGUUCCGCCAGGGACUGAGCUACUCUGGAGCCGCGCAAGCAGGAUCCAGUGCAGGGCAGGGGGCGGCGGUCGCCGGCGCCGGUGGCGGGGGCGGGGCUGUAGGCGGAGGCGGAGGCGGCGCGCCCGAGGAGCAGCGCUGGAGGCCAUUCGGCAGCGCCAUCGGCGGUGGACAGCUGCCUUUCGGAGGUGCAGCGGUGGGUAGUGACGCCGGGAGCGGAGCACUAGCUGGCGGCGGCGGUGGCGGAGGUGGCACUGGCUCGACUGGAGGCGCGAUGGGUGGCGGCGGCAGUGGCUUGAGCGGAGGCACCACGGGUGGAGGUGGCAUGGGAGGCAGUGGCUUCAACGGAGGCAGCAUGGGUGGAGGCGGUGGAAGAGUUGGAGCCGGCAUGGGUGGAGGCAGUGGAGGAGUUGGAGGCGGCGGAGGCGGUAUAGGUAGUGGUCUGGGAAUGCCGACCAGUAAUGGACGCGGAAGCGGCGCCGGCAUGGGUGCAGGAAACGGUAGGCACGCUGGCGGGGCGCACCUCGACACGAGCGGUGUGAGGGGUGCCGGUGGACACACGGUGGGGACUACUGGGGGCGGCGGGGGCGGCGGCGGUGGCAGCUACCGCUUCGGGACCUCUGCGCCGUCGGGGGCCGACUCUUCGUACAUGCCUCCUUCCGGUCGCGGUGGCUACUCCGGGCCCUCCGGCUCUGGUGGGAGCCACGCCAUGCCUCCCUCUGGUAGCGGGCACGCAAUGCCUCCUUCCGGCAGCGGACACGCCGUGCCUCCUUCCGGCAGCGGGCACGCCGUGCCUCCUUCGGGCGGUGGACACGCCGUACCUCCGUCUGGCGGCGGCCAGUCGAUGCCCCCUUCCGGCGGCGGCUUCCCCGAGUCGGGGGCCGGGGAGGGUAGCGACUACGACGGCUCCGGCGACUACGAGGACGAGGACGUGGCGUCGGGGCCGUCGGCGCCCUCGCGGCACAUGUUCCGCAACGGAGACGGCGCCGGCGGCGGGCAGCGCACGCUGUCGGCGGGCCCGCACGGCACGGUGACGGCGGGCAGCGGCAGCCGACGCGUGCAGGCGCCGCCCGGCGGCCAGACGCAGAACGUCCACCUGGGAGGCAGCAGUGGCGGCGGCUCCGUCGUGUCGGCGGGCGGCAGGGGCGGCGCACCCAGCCAGGCGCAGGGCAUCUACGUCGCGGGCUCCGGCGGCAAGACCGUGCUCGUCAGACAGGACUCCUCCUCCUCGUCCUCGUCCUCGUCGUCGUCGGGCAAGGAGGUGCUGCUGCAGCCGGGACAGAGCGUGCCUGGCUCCCCAGGGUACGUGAUCCCGGCGGGCUUCAGAGGCCGCGUCACUUCGGGCUCCGGCGCGACGUCGCAAGCGGGCGACUCGACGCGCGCCUCCGCCUCCGGGGGUGGGCGGUCGCAGACGCAGACGGUGCGGGUGCUGAGGCCGCGCGUGCGCUCCGGUGACGCCGUGCCGGACAGCUUCGUGACCGUCACCAACAGCGUGGCGGGACAGCUGGCGCCGGCCGGCGGCGGGGGCGGCGGCGCCGCCUCCAGGGGGCGCGCGGGGCAGCCCGCGGCCUCGGGCGGCAAGUACACUCACACCUACUACUCCAAGUCCUCCACGUGCGGCUACUUCACCUUCUCCUGCAACGUCGUCUACGGCUCCAACGGCCGCACCAAGAUCUGCAAGCCCAAUCCGCCCACCAACCCAGACGGCACGCCGUGCUGCUGCUAGACACCUGCUCCGCCGUCCACUAAACGCAGCUCGAGAGAUUCCACUUUUGUACUGUUCCCUGUCUCUUAUUUCAUACUAGUUCUGGCAAUACUCAAACAGUGCUUACAAAUCUAUUACGUAACUGCAUUAGCUGAAUUGUAGCACCAGUCGGAGAAACAUCUGCGUUAUCAGAAAAAAAACAUAUAAAAAUAAUGCGGACGCUUUCAUCUUAACUGAUACUUUGGAAACAAGUAUAUGAUCUCAUUUUUGCUAUCUGGGACAUGUAACAGAAUAUUCAGUACGAAUUCUCCGUUACGUUCAAUAGUGUCCACACUAAACAAUUCACUAAGCAACUGGUUCAGGAAACGAUACCUACCUUUCUCGGUACCGAAUACAUUUAUUUUUUCAGCUGGAUUACGUUAUCUGACUACCUUUCAACUAGUUUAUCAAUACUCUGGCAUCUCUUAGACAUUCAGUUACGAAUUAAUCGAUAUACGACGCUAAUUUUGACGCUUGUAAUCACCUUUCGUGAUUCUGUUUUUUUUUUUUAUAUAUUUUUCUUCGUAGACUUAAGAUAUCACAUUUAUGACGCAGGCUUCGUCGAACACAGUUGUUAUCAUUUUCUUAUGCACAAUAGCUUUCUAGCGUACUCUCUCUACAUUUUACCUACAUGCAUCCACGGUUAUCAUUGUUUCUGUCUUACAUGUCAUCUUCAUACAAUGAUCUCAGCAGAUCGCAUUUUUCGUUGCAGUAGUGCGCCCCAUUCAUUUACAUUCGCUUGUCAUCAUUUUUAUCACGAGCGCAUUGAAAAGUGUCGUAGAGAUCGAUUUUUCUGCGCAUAAUUCUUACACUUCUUUUUAUUUUUGCCUGAUUCUCUGAACGUUUCUUAACUAGUGCUACGGUCCAGAACGUGUAGCACAUUCAGAUGGACCGUAAUCUACUAGUUUCUUCGUUUGUCUGAUUGCAGUGUCUCCUUUUUCUGAUCCACAUCGUUACAUGCCAACUGAAUCUCGUUAUUUAGGUGCUCCAAUAUUCUUUUUAUGUUCGUUUUUCAUCCUGUACGCAUGCGAUCGUUGAAAGUUUCUGUAAGAAAGCUUUUUGCACUUGAAUAUUUAACUGAUCUCCAUUUUGAUUAACUCGUGAUAUUUGCUUUUCGAAACAUUGUACCAUCAUAUUAACGUUACAAGUUACUGUACGGCAUUCUUCUUUAAAAGUGAAAAAUCAGUCUCCGGCAAAUGCCAUCUCCUUCCACGUCUCUUUUGUUUCAUCAUGCAACAGCGCAGAGCAUAUCUACAGAAAGUAGCAUAUGCUUUCUUUCUAAUUUUAUAUUUAAUGCUCAGAAAUGGGAAUACAGAGUGGCACAUAUCCCUGCCCUAUGUCUCGUGCGUGUGCGAGCUCAUUACGGAGCAGCACUAAAUUUCUGCCACAUAAUUUUAUUCUGAUCGUGGAACAGUCAUCUGCAUAAUUUACUAAUCCGUUAAAGAGCCAGACGGUAAGCACGCUUAUUUGAUAGCAAUACGCAGCCGACCAUCUCAUAAAAUAUGUGCUGUCAUCUGUGAUUCCGCUUCGAAUUGUUGGAAGAAAUCAUGUUACUAGUUUGUGUUAUUAUCAUACUGACUAGCGUCCUCUGUGUCCAUCACACAAUAAAAGCUAGAGGAAAAUCAACGAACAUUUUUAUAAAAGUUUAGUUGACAUAGAAUAGAAAUGUAGUUAAUGUACAUUUUUAUAUUAAACUACUUUACUGUCUGUUUACUAUGAACUCAGUACUGCCACAUAAUUCAGUGCAGUGAGUUUUGUACCAGUCUCCCACUGACUAACGUACACUUGCGCCACUUUGCGUUAUUUAUAGUAGAGAAUUUUAAGUGUCCUGUGAUUUAUAAUACUGCCAAAUGCAUAUAGCAUAAAGCAGUGAAAUACACUUGUGACAUCGAUUAGACAUUAAAAUGUCAAACAGUCCACAGUUUUGUAAUGAAUAAGCAGUAUUUUGUCUAAUGUUGUGAAUUAUAACCAAACAAAAACUAUAUGUUACCAAUAAAUCUCAUGGAUUGCUUCAGGAUUUGAGGUAAAGAAAUAAACUGUACAUUAACAUUA